AUGUCUCUACAAGGACUCGGGCAUAGUUCAAUUGGUCGAGACAUGAGCGGUAGAUCUGACUACAUGGUCACCAGAACGUGCCCGGAUGUAAGAACAACAACAUUCAUGGGACCAGACGACUGGAAAACAGGCCAGGAGCAUGCUCAACACGUCAAUAUAUACACGGACGGCUCCAAGAUGGAAGAAGGAGUUGGAGCGGGCAUAUACUGUACAGACCCUGAUAUGAGGCUGUCGUAUAAACUACCAAGCCAAUGCAGCAUAUUCCAGGCGGAAGUAUUCGCCAUAGGGAAAGCGGCAGAGCUUGCGCAGAGCAUUGACCCCCCACAUGAAGCGGUCAACUUGUUCGUAGACAGUCAAGCGGCGAUAAGAUCCAUGCAAUCGUCAGCGGUCAGUUCCGAAAGUGUACUGGCAAGCAGGGAGGCACUAGAUACCCCUAGCACGACCACGUCAGUGCGGAUCUACUGGGUUCCCAGCCACCAGGGGAUCGAUGGUAAUGAGACGGCAGACGAACUUGCAAAGGAAGGCGUCGGACUGGCGAAUGAAAGAUCAGAAAACGUUCCUGUCUCCCUUGGAACGCUCCGAAGCGAACUGGAAAGACGGGCCGACACACGAGCCAAAAGCAGAUGGAGAAGAACUUCCACCACCUGCAAAGUUUCAAAAAUCAUGUGCAAAGAGCGCAACGCAAUACUCAGCCACUACGUGCUGCAUCUUCCACGGAAAGACUGCAGACUGUGGGAAUUCUUACAGGUCACUGCCUAG